CGUUGCUUCAGUUUAGAAUGCUUCUUCAAGUGAGUGGGACGCGAAAAAUGACCAGUCAUGAAAAGUAACGCAGUUUUGCUUGCAUAUCUUUGCUUUUUCUGUGUUUCGAGCGGACAUAAAAAGAGCUCCGGAAAUGAAGUAAACGAGGUGGUGAAAGGCCCUCGUGUGGAGGUGCUGGGCGAAGUCCUGCGUGAGCGGCUGCACACCCUGCUGGGUAGGAACGCCAGCUUGGACCUGGUCUUCCUGAUCGACGCGUCGUCCAGCGUCGGGCCCAACAACUUCGCCAGCGAGCUGCGUCUGGUACGCAAAAUGUUGGCUGGUCUGCAGGUGUCAGCCUUGAGGACCAGGGUGGCAGUGGUCACCUUCGCCUCAGAGGCGGUCACUCACGUCGACUCGGUCAGCGAAACGCCCGGCUUUGACGCAGGCUUCAGGCAAAAGUGCUACAUCCUGGAGAAGGCAUUGCCGUCCAUCCAGUAUAGCGGCGGGGGCACCUUUACCCUUGGCGCAUUCAAAGAAGCUCAGCGCAUCUUGAAGCGGUCUCGUCAGGGUGCUGCCAGGGCGGUGUUCCUACUGACUGACGGCUACUCAAAUAAUGGCGACCCACGUAGUGCCGCCGCCACUAUCAGGGAAGAGUUUAGUGCAGAAAUAUUCACAUUUGGCGUGCGGAACGGCAACACGCAGGAGCUGCUGGCGAUGGCCACCUCGCAGAAUCACACCUACGUGCUGUCCAGUUUUGAGCAGUUCGCCGCCCUCGCCAGGAGGGCCCUACACCAAGAUCUUAGACCAGCAGACGCAUUUGAGAUGCAAGAUGAUGCGAGCUGCUCUGCCCUUUGCGAGGGUGGCUCGUGCUGCGACCCCAGUGCCCACUGUGCGUGCAACAUCGCGACAGGACGGUCUACAUGCCUUUGUCCUCCAGGCCACUAUGGCACAGGUCGGAAAGGAGAUUGCCACAAAUGUCCACCGGGCACAUUCGGAGCGCCAGAGCGCCUGGAGCGCGGAGAUGACGUCCAAGUGUCUCUUCACUGUUCUCCCUGUCCGGACCCAAAUCAAGAAUCGGACGAAGGCGCCACAAACAUCGACGACUGCAGGUGCAAGAAUGGAUUUACAUCAACGCCGUCAAAUCACUGCCAGGUUUCCGAGUGUCCUGAGAUGCUGGCUCCCAAGUUUGGCAGCUUCGUGCGCGACUGUCCACGUGUGUUCAACGCAGCGUGCGGUGUUUCGUGCAAGACGGGCCACCAGCUAGUUGGCUCGAGCAUCAGGCUGUGCCAGUCGAACGGUACGUGGUCCGGCAGGCCAGCUCAGUGCAGGAAGAAGCGGUGUCCCGAGCUCAGGGCGCCGCAGAACGGCUGGAUCCGAUGUGAUGGCGCUGCCGAGGUCGACGCCAAGUGCGAGAUUGGUUGCGAGCAGGGAUUUUCGGUGCUCGGCUCUCGUGUCCGCAACUGCCUUGCCAUAGGAAUGUGGGACGGAUUGCCCACCACCUGCAGAGAGGUGAAGUGUCCGCCGCUGGACCUGCCGAAAACGGUGAGCGUAAGCCCGAUAAACUGCACCGUAGGGAAGCAGAAAAUUGGCCAAGUAUGCAAGAUUUCAUGCACGCAACCGGGAUAUCAGUUGCGGGGAGCUGCGCGCCGCAAAUGCGGCGAAUUUGGACGAUGGAGCGGAUCCAGGAUUAGAUGCAUUGAUAUUCAACCUCCAACGAUUGACUGUCCAACUGAGCAGUUCGAGUUUCAUACCGACCCUGACGUCGAUUACGCCACCGUCAGUCUCUCCUUGCCAGAUAUUGAAGACAAUUCCAACGACCGUGUGCGCAUCCAUUUUACACCCACGGUUCACCUCCACAGCGGUCAGAUCCCAUUGGGUGUCAACCCGAUUUCCAUUCAAGCCACAGACCUAGCAGGCAACUUCGCCACUUGCUCUUUUAAUAUUACAAUUUUAGACAAGCAGGCACCAAAGGUGGACACCUGCGACUCACCGGAACCUUUCCUCAUCCCGUCGCACAUCCACGCAGUCGAUAUCACUUGGGUGGCGCCGCACUUCAGCGACAACUCCGGCCUAGACAUAAAGGUUUUCGCGAGCCACGAAAGCGGCUCGCUGUUCACGCCAGGACAACACAAUGUCAACUAUGUCGCUUACGAUGCUGCUGGCAAUAAUGCUUCUUGCGACAUUAGCAUCACCGUUCAGAGAACGGAGUGCGACGGUCCACUUAAUGGAGACAAAGUGUGCAACGGAUCCAUUUGCACGCUGACCUGCGAUGAAGGAUACGACAUAGCGAUUUCAACGAACGAUUUUUGCAAGAGCAUCGCCAAUGGCUCGUACCCCGACUGUACAAUUAUCGAUUUGCCUGACAGCAUAGAGCAGGAUUUUGGCAUCGACUCUGAGGAGUGCGACGAAGAGCAGUCAAACGAUCUCAACGACUUGUUGGCAGGUGCCGUCAGAAUGGCUUGCGGAGAUGACCGCUGCUACUUAGAAAAAGUAUCUAUGUGCGCGGACGCCGAAACUGACAUUAAGGACAUCGAGGAGCAAGAAUCUAAUUUCAUUUCGGCCAGAGUUCGACGUCAAGCGAGACACGCAAGAAAGAGUAAGAAAGGCUCCUACGAGUUCACGAUAUCUGGCAACCACACUUAUGAGUUUAGAUUGAAAAUAGUUGGUAAGCCAAAGACAAACACAAAGAGCGGAGACCUGAGGGCAACACUAAGCACGGUGAGGGCUGUUUUGACCUCAGGUACUGUCACCACGAGUCAAAGACUUCCCGUGCUGGAUUUUAAGUUUUCUGAGGCACGAGUCAAAUGUCCAAAAGGGAGCGUUCUGCGCACGAAUGACCUCUGCGUUCUGUGUCCAAGGGGAACUUACCUACCGUCAGGGAGAAAAGAGUGCGUCCUGUGUCCUGUGGCUACAUUUCAAUCUCGACCAGGAGAAGAAAAAUGUGAGCCAUGCCCAAAGGGUACAAGCACCUUGACUACGUCUUUAGCCACAAAGAAACAACACUGCAUUGAUGUUUGUCCACCUGGGUUGUGGUCAAAGAACGGACUGGCGCCGUGUCUUCGCUGCCCAAUAGGUUCUUUCCAGCCGGAUGCUAACCAGCAAGGUUGCAUACCAUGUCCUGAAGGUUUCUCAACCCCUCACAAAGGUGCUACCUCGAUCAAUUCUUGCAAAGCGUUAUGCCCAGAAAACGCGAUCUCGCGAAAUGGGCUGGUGCCUUGUUUAGCGUGUCCAGAGGGCUACACGCAGAUGCUGCGUGGCCAGCGGAUCUGCGAGCAUUCAUCGUGCCUGGAAAGCAGGUGCCUCCUCGGACCGAUUUUCGCGACGCACCCUUGCGUCAGGCAGCGACCCUGUGGCGGCCUGGCAACCUGCGUGCCCGUUCCGCUGACGGCCCACUCUUACGAAUGCAGAUGCCCUGCUGGCUGGAAGGGUAAUUUCUGCGACCAGCUCGAUGAGAACCCUUGUGCCAGCGACCCUUGCACAAACGGGGCCACCUGCGUCAGAAAUGGCGCUAACUUCACUUGCAUCUGUCCAGCAGGCUUUGCUGGCGAUUACUGCGAGGAGGACCUGAACGAGUGUGAAUUCUUACCUUGCGAGAACAUGGCCGUUUGCCUCGAUUUACCGGGCACCUUUUCCUGCGUCUGUGUGCCAGGGUACUCUGGCAAAAGGUGCGAGCAACUGGAAUCCGCUUGCCAGGCGUUCCAGCCGUGCUUAGCGGAGGGAGUUUGCACGGACGAUGUGAAGAAGGGUGGGUUUAUGUGCAAAUGCCCUGAGGGUAGGAAGGGAACACGUUGUGAAGAAGUCACCGACCCUUGCUCGCAAAUUAAGUGCCAUAAUGGAGGCACUUGCCUACCUGAGCCGAACAGUGAAGUUGGAGUUUCUCUGAAUGCAAGUUGUGCAUGUUUGGACCCGUAUUUUGGCGAAUUUUGCGAAGAGAGUUAUGGCGCGUGCAAAUCCUUUCCCUGCGUGAACGGCGGGAUAUGUAGACUGGUGCAGGCAGCACCUGGCUAUAAGUGCGAGUGCCCUGAAAAUUUCGCUGGUGACAAUUGUUCAGUGGCUCUUCUUGAGGAUGGUGUUCUUCAGUUCCGCGACUCUGGCAACCUUCGUGAUUAUGUGCUCAAGGAAAAUGCAAUCAACGUCUCGCUGACAGAGUUCACAUUGUGCUCUUGGCUGAGAACCAGGGACACUAUCAACUAUGGCACACCACUUUCCUAUGCAACGCAGGUGCAGGACAACACUCUAGCCCUCACAGAUUACUCUGGAUUUGUUGUUUACAUCAACGGCGAGCGUGUGGUAACUGAUGUUUCGGCUAAUGACGGUUUGUGGCAUCUUGUGUGCCUGCUUUGGAGCUCUCAGGAAGGCUCCUGGCUGCUCUACAAGGACGGAGUCAGGGCAGAGGGUGGACGAGGAUUGGCCACUAAAACGUCUAUACCCGGUGGAGGCACGCUGGUUUUGGGCCAGGAGCAGGAUUCUCCAGGCGGAAGUUUUAACGCCGAACAGAGCUUUCUUGGGCGGUUGGGCCCCGUAGCAAUGUGGCCUACGCUAUUGUCCGACGAUCAGUUGGCUACCAUCUACGACAACUGUAGUUCUGGGGGCAGUGGGGCAAAGCUCGAGUUCAGCCUGGCAGCAUCAUCAGCACCAGCUCUAUGGUCGUGGCGAGAAACUCUCGCCGGAAUCAAGGGAAAUUUACAGUUGGAGCCACCUGCAUUUUGCUCCGGGUGCCCAGAUGAGUUGACUUUGGUCAACGGCCGAGUCGUGGCGGAGGGGACGGAGCCAGGGACAGUGGCAACAUUCAUUUGCAACCAGGGAUAUCGAUUAAGUGGCGCUUCCUCGGCUGUCUGCAAUAAGCGUGGCACGUGGCAACUCACGAAUGGUCACGCACCGACUUGCUUUAGAGUCCAGUGCGGAGAUCCAGGCCAUUUAGAGAAUGGCUUGGUUCUAGGUGACAACUUUGACUUUGGAGCUACCCUCUUUUACGAGUGUUUUCCCGGUUUUGAAAUGAUUCAGGGUGACGAGAGGAGAGAAUGUCUUCAACACGGCAGAUGGAGUGGUGACCAACCUAUCUGCAAGGAAAUUCGCUGCAUUUUGCCUGAAAUCAAGUACGCCAUACUGCACCACUUUGGCUCUGAAGAGGAAUCAGUGGGGAACCAAACAGAAUACUCUGUUGGAGAGCAAGUUGAAGUGUCCUGCGAGGGCUCGAGAACGCUAAAGGGAACCAACCUGCUCACGUGCCUCGAAUUUGGCCAGUGGGAUCACGAGGCACCGCUUUGUCUUUCUCCGUGUGACGAGCCGCCAAGUGAGAUCGAUAACUCGAAGCCAGUGCUGGUGCUGGGCUCCAAAGCUAGGUACCAGUGCUUGCCUGGCUUCGCAAUAGUCGGAAACCCUCUGGUCGAAUGCAGAGAAAAAUGGGGGGCAUUGCCAGUAUGCGACCAGGUAAAGAGAAAUCAGCGGUGCGAUGCGGCACCAAGCGUGGAAAAUGGUCUGCUCGUGUCCUUGAUCGGUGGAUCUGCCACUUUCAUCUGCAAUGACGGUUACAAAAUGAUAGGCCAGGAUUCAGUCAGAUGCAUGGAGGGUGAGUGGACGCCUGAGACACCCAAAUGCCUGUUGUCAGGGUGUCCUCGGUUGCCUCCGCUGGACAUGGGCAGAAUCACAGUCAAGAGUCACGAAAAGGGUGGACUGGUUGAAUACGUGUGUGAAAAAGGCUUUCAGCUGGUCGGGCCAAGGGUACGAAAGUGUAAAGACCAAAGCUGGUCCGGAUUCACUCCUUACUGCAAACCAGCUGUCACUUGACCUCUCCCAGAAUAAAGUUUAAAUAAUUCUAAAUAAAAUAAAAUUUUAUUUUUAAAAA